AUGACCCCCAGAGACCGUCCACAGUUCGUCCUGCAGGCCACAGUGCGAAGCUCUGGUACUGCCCGGCCUCCUGGGCCCCCAUGCUACUCCCUGCCCAGGAACCCCAUGCUGCCUACCCGGGGGACUGUGAUGGUUAGCAGGGAGGACUACCUUUUUUCUGGCUUCCCACAGCGGCCAUUUGAACUCACCUCCGGGAGAGUCAAGGGCAGGAACCCGUUAGAAGUGAUCACGGGGACACCCCAGACUCAGGCCAGCUCUCUCCUGAGUGACCCCAUGGAGGAGAGGAAUGGCACCAACUCCACCAGGUUCCUGCGGCUGCUGGAGGGGACAAGUGCUGCCUGGUACAUCCUCACCAUCGUCGGCAUCUAUGGGGUGAUCAUCUUCUUCCGGUUAGCCAGCAACAUCCUCAAGAAGAAUGAUAAGUCCUUUGAAGAUAUUUAUUAUUCAAAUUUGACGUAUGAGCUCAAAAAGAAAACGUUCGAGAGCAAGGUGGCCAAAUGUUCCUCGCUGACCCUUAGCAACACAGAUGUCCUGCAGCCCGGCCAGGCCAGCCUAGGGUCAAAGUGUGCAAAGAGUGGCCCUCAAAUUGGAACCCAGGGAAUCCACUGA